AGCAGUUUGGUGAUUGAGAGUGGUCUCAAUAACGGUGAGAUGAGUAAUACCUCUGAACUACCCCAAAACAUUACAGCUUCUGGUUGGCGUCAACCUCUGUGGUACAAUUACGAGCAGUGUGCCGAGGCUCCGUACGCUUUCGUAUUUUACUUUUUUGGCAAAGUUUUCAACUUAGUCUUUGGCUUCCCCUCCAACAUGCUGGUGAUAUGGAGCAUCUCAACUCGCAAAAGCGAAGGCUCCACAUCCGACAUCUUCAUGUUAAACCUUGCCGUAAUGGACACCUUCUUCUGCCUGAUGACGCCCGUAGAACUGCUAAACCGUCUAUACCUGGACCACUGGGGUAUCUGGUUCUUGCAACGUUUUGCUUAUGGCGUGAAAGACAUGGCACCGUUGUUCCUUACCUGCAUCUGCUUGGACAGGUACAUUGCCGUUGUGCACCCUAUCUUUUUCACAAACUUUAUCAACAACCGCAUACGAAUGGGCCUCUCAGCUUUCUUAUGGCCGCUGCUCCUGGCCUAUUCACUCACCAAAAGCAUUCUGGGAAUAAUGAGUGUAACCGAGGCGUUCAGCGCCCUCAUCCUGUCAGCCUUCUUUAUCAUGAUCUUUUGCAACAUCUCUAUAAUCUGGGUGUUGCGCAGGAGUGUCCUGGGCAAAGAGGUCAUAAAUCCGGUGAAGAAGAAAGCCCUUAAAAUGGUGCUCAUCCUGCUGGCUAUCAUCGUGUUUAAUUAUUUGCCACCAGUGGUACUCAUGCCGUUCAUUCCUACCUACACGUUUGUCCAGUUUCAUUGCAAAAUCAGCGUCACCAUCUAUACCAUCAUGGACUUGAGUAGCACCAUUGAGCCGAUACUUUACAUCUCCAGGGUGGUCAGGCUAAACUUUUGCUCCUGUCUGAAGGGACUUUCAAAAAAAUCAGGAAACGUCAGUGAAUAA